AAAAACGCGUUUCGUGUUUGGAGCCGCGCUGGGUAUUGACGACUACUUAAAAGUAGAUGAAAAUUGCUAUUGAGGGAUGCUGUCAUAGUGAACUUGAUGCAAUUUAUAGGGAACUAAAACGUCAAGAAGAAAAGACACAGAGUCAGGUUGAUGUAUUAUUAAUUGCAGGAGAUUUUCAGGCAGUACGUAAUGAGGCGGACCUGGCAUGCUUAUCUGUUCCAGAAAAAUAUCGAAAAUUGGGAGAUUUUUCAUCUUAUUAUUCAGGUGAAAAGAAAGCACCAGUUUUAACGAUUUUUGUUGGAGGCAAUCAUGAAGCAAGUAAUUAUUUAUGGGAAUUAUAUUAUGGAGGAUGGGUCUGCCCGAAUAUAUAUUAUAUGGGAGCAGCAAAUAUUAUUAAUAUAGGCGGAUUACGAGUAGGAGGUAUAUCGGGUAUUUAUAAAGAAAAGAAUUAUACGAAAGGACAUUUUGAGAAAGUCCCAUAUAAUAUGGAGUCAUUAAAAAGUGUAUAUCAUGUUCGAGAGUUUGAGGUGUGUAAGUUAUUAAAUACCGGGAGAACAAAACCUAUUGAUAUUUUUCUUUCUCACGAUUGGCCACGAGGAAUUGAGAAACAUGGAGAUUUAAAAAGAUUAUUAUCGAUAAAACCGUAUUUUUUUAAUGAUAUACAGAAUAAUUGUUUGGGAUCUGCUGCUAACGAACGGUUAAUGAAUGAAUUGCAGCCAGCAUAUUGGUUUUCAGCACAUUUGCAUGUAAAAUUUGAAGCAAUAAAGAUACAUAAUGUAUAUGAAAAUUGGAAGGAAAAUAUGGUAGAAAUGGUUAAAGAAAAUCCGGAUGAAAUAGACUUAAACGAUGAAGACGAUAAAGUUAUUACUAAAAUUGAAGCAUCUCAUAAAAUUACACGAUUUUUAGCACUUGAUAAGUGUUUACCAGGACGGCAUUUUCUGGAAAUUCUUGAUAUUCCGACGCCUCAUGAGGUCAAUGAAAAGCCAAUACUCUCAUAUGAUGUAGAUUGGUUGGCUAUUUGUAGAGUAUUUCACCCAUAUUUUUCAAUCGAAUAUCAGCAACCGUCACUCCCUUGGGAUAAUGCAUAUUUAGCAAGAGAAAUAGAAAAAGAAAAAGAAUGGGUUUAUGAUCAUAUUGUUCAGUUACAUGGACUAGAAAUACCUCAACAUUUCGAACAUACCGCACCCGUUGUAGGAAAUGCCUUUUCAGCAUAUCCACCACCUUUAUAUAAUAAUCCUCAAACAGAGGCUUUUUGUAAAAUGCUGGGUAUUGAUAAUAAAAUAUAUCAAACUUAAAGCAUGAAAUCUUCUAAAG